AUGGCCCCCAUCCGCAACGCCAAGGCUAUCUACAAGGAAAUUCCGCAGGGUUACCCCGAGCCCGGAAAGACGACGGUCUACGAUGCUACUGGCACCAUCGACCUCGACACCGUGCAGUUGCCCGCCAACUCGGUGCUCAUCAAGGUGCUCGUGCUGUCCAUCGAUCCCUAUAUUCGUGGUCGCAUGAGGGACCCGAAGAUUCCGAGCUAUGCGGUACGUCCCGCGUACCCUCUGAACGAGCCGAUUAACACGGAUGGGAUUGGCAAGAUCGUCAAGUCGACGCACCCUGACCUCAAGCCGGGCGACAUCGUGCGCUCGAAGCUGAAGCACGAAGAAUACACCAUCAAGACCGCUGAGGAGCUUGCGAACCCGUUCGCGGGCGUCGAGGUUAUCAAGCCGCACCCCAAGGUGCCGCUCUCGCUCUACGUCGGCGUGGCGGGCAUGCCGGGGAAGACGGCGCACAACGCGUGGCGCACGUUUGCGAAGGCGAAGAAGGGCGAAACCGCCUUCGUCACCUCCGGCGGCGGCCCUGUCGGCUCCAUGGUCAUCCAGCUUGCCAAGCAGGACGGGCUCAAGGUCAUCGCAUCUGCGGGCAGCGACGAGAAGGUAGCCUUCAUGAAGGAGUGCGGCGCGGAUGUGGCGUUUAACUACAAGACGACAUCGACGAAGGAGGUGCUGGACAAGGAGGGGCCGAUCAACGUCUACUGGGACAAUGUCGGUGGCGAGACGCUGGACCUCGCACUGGGCGCGGCGGCCAACUUUGCGCGCUUCAUCGAGUGUGGGAUGAUUUCGGGCUACAACUCGAAGGAGGGGGUGGUGUUUAAGAACAUGGUCAACAUCGUCGCCAAGCGCCUCAGUGUCAAUGGCUUCAUCCAGUGGGAGAUCGAGGCGCCGUGGAAGGAGGACUUUGAGAAGACGGUGAUCCCGCGCCUCGCGGACGGCACCUUCAAGUACAGCGAGGAUAUCUCGCACGGCCUGGAGCACUCGGGGCAGGCGAUUUUGGACGUGCAGAAGGGGGUGAACAAGGGGAAGAAGAUUGUGUUGGUGGCGGAGGAGUAGAUGGUCGAUCAGUGUGCGUAAAGGGGAGUAAAGGUCAUAAAGGCCUGUUGUAACACUAGCUUAUAAUCCACGCGAGGGCAUGCACAUAGCUUGUCUUUCAACCGCA